AAUUCUACUAAGGAGAAGCCAGUGCAUCGUGGAAGUGAACCCGAAAAAUCAACGCCGGUAUAAUUCGUAAAUAACCGUAUUUUGUUUUAAUCAAGUAGUGUGAACUAUUGAGAAGAACAGUGUAGACAUGCGUUUUAUUCUGAGAUAGAGCAGAUCAACUCGAGAGAUUUCUGAAAGCUGAUAUUCCACAUUCUUAGGUUAUUUGUUUGUUUCGUAGCGUCGUUUCAACAUUUGAUUUAGCUACGCACGAUUUUUUACCGAACACACUGCUGUAUUCAUUCACCUCCAGGUGAAAGACCGCAGUGUAGACAACGGAGAUCGGCCGCUGUACGGCCAAGUUGCCCAGUACGCCUCGUUUCGCGUUCGUCUGGUAAUUUAGGCUUUGCAAACGGAUGUAAAUAAAGGUCUAUCACUCAUCAUCAGGGACGUCAACGCUUACGGAAUUAUUCUGGAAUUUAAGGGAUUAACACCUGGGAAACUGAAAGGUGUACGAGCGCGAGUCGGCCUCCACCACCUGUAACAAAACAUUCUCUUUUAAAUACUCGGCUGGCAGAUGGAGUGUCCUCACUUGUCACAGAAUGUCAAACAAGAAGUUUGUCAAAUAAUAAAGAAGUCACACGGCGAAUCCACUUCGUCGUGGGUAUGUGCAGUUUGUCGAUCCAACAAAAAUCCCUGGAUGUGUCUAGCUUGUGGAGUAGUCCUAUGUGGAAGGUAUGUGAAUGGACAUGCCAAGAAACACUAUGAAGAAAACCAACACUCUGCCUCCAUAAAUUGUGAAAACUUAGCUGUAUACUGUUAUGUGUGUGAUGACCAUGCCCUAAACGAUAACAAAACAGAAACCAUCAAACAUGUCCGCCAAUUCCUUCAGGCUAAAGUCAACCUCCAGUAUGAGAAGCAGCUCAAGACUCUAACUGGUGAUGUAGCUGGAGAUCACAUAGAUGGACCACCUAGGAAAAAACUAGCAGCAAACACGAGGGCUAAUAUUCCAGGGUUGCGGAAUCUAGGAAACACCUGUUUUAUGAAUGCUGUACUACAAUCACUGAGUAACAUCAACCAAUUCUGUGGCUACUUCAAAGACUUACCAGCUGUAGAGCUUAGGAGUGGAAAAACAGCAGGAAAGAGAAUCUACAACACAAGAAAUAUGAAGCAUGAUGAUGUGUCAUUGGUAGAGGAGAUAAGGAAGACACUAUGUGCUCUAUGGCAGGGGGACCAGACAGCUAUCUCACCUGACUCACUCUUCACUGUCAUGUGGAAGAUAUUCCCAAGGUUCAGGGGUUACCAGCAGCAAGACGCUCAUGAGUUCAUGAGGUACCUACUAGACAGACUACACACAGAGCUCCAAGGCUCCACCUGGCCGACCACACCAAAGAAACAAACCAACGGCCAUGCAACCAUUGUCAGUCUCAUCUUUGGUGGUCUUCUACUCAGUGAGGUCACGUGUAGACCCUGUGGCUCACUCUACAAGAAGAUAGAUCCAUUUCUAGAUGUGUCAUUAGAUAUUCCAGAGAGAUUUAGACCAAGAAGUAAAAACAAGGAUGGUUCACAAGUAUGUAGGUUACAAGAUUGUAUGCAGAGUUUCAUUGCGGUUGAGGAGCUAGAGGAAACAGAGCAGUACAUGUGUCCAAAGUGUCAACAGAGACAACCAUCAACAAAGAAGUUCUGGCUCAAAGCUAUCCCAAAUGUGCUAUGUAUACAUCUAAAGAGGUUCACAUGGUCAGGGUUUCUACGAACCAAGAUUGACACCUAUGUGCAGUUUCCAAUGAAAGGCUUAGAUAUACAACCAUUCAUGCUGGGACCAGAGUGUCAAGAUGAGAAUGUGAGCACAACCGUUUAUGAUUUAGCUGCAGUCAUUGUACAUCAAGGAUCAGGGGCUGGUGCUGGACACUAUAUAGCAUUUGCAGUCAACAACGGUCAGUGGUACUGCUUCAACGAUAGUACAGUGACCCCCGUAGAGGAGAAGGUGAUCACCAGGUGUAAGGCGUACAUCCUCUUCUACGUCAGUCAUCAAUUCAAGGAUGAUUUCCUCUCCUUCUCUAGUAUCCACAAUGGAAACAUUCCAUCAUAGUCACCUGAUCAGUCACCUGACUAGUCACAUGAUCUAUAGAUAGCAUGGACAAGAUCGCCUAUAUAUUUUUUUUAAAGAAUUGAUAAGAGACGAUACGAGAUGCGAAUGUUGUCGUAAUUGUUGUAGUAUCUUGGUAGGUAUGUCGCAGUGAUGGCUUGCUACACUGUAACCUUCAAUGCAUACGCGAAGGAUUUAAUCGUAAAGAGCGCUCGCUAGCUCAUCCUUUCUAUCGCAUGGUUUCUUUUCUGCCGUUAUCAUUUGCUGUCUCCAUGUCGUAUAAUAUGCUUCAAGGCCCGCUGAGGUAAGACUUUGGUUCAGAGUAGUUGAAGAAAAAAAAUUCAAGCUGCUUCAAUUUGGGAAUUAUUAUGCUACUAGCAAGAGAAUUAAGCACUGAGGUAGACACUCUGUAGAUAUUACAAAGUGAUCAAAAACACAAUGGACAUGUUCCUUUUUUUUUCUUCCAAGAGUUAAAUAAUAUUUUAUUAAUCUUCUGAAAAGAAAAUUUAAAUAAAGCUCAACUUUCGGAUAGCAUUUCUCAUGCUCAAAUGUUUUUAAAUUCUUCAUUAUUCACAUACUAAUCAAAGAAUAGAACUGUUAUAUGCAUACUUUAAUAAUCAUUGAACGAACCUCCUCUUUCUUUUGGGAAAAGUAAUCUUUGGUGUUUACUGAACAGACUGGUGCACCUACAAAGAGCCCUAAUAGUCAAUUGUGCAGAACAUCUUAAGAUUACUUGUGAGGAGUUGAAGCUAGCACCUUAUUCUCUUAGAUAAUAACAGCUUAAGGUUACUUAUGAGGAGUUGAAGCUAGCACCUUACUCUCUUAGAUAAUAACAUCUAACAGUUACUUGUGAGGAGUUGAAGCUAGCACUUUAUUCUCUUAGAUAAUAACAUCUCAAGUUAAUUGUGAGGAGUUGAAACUAGCACCAUUUUGAAUUUGAGUGAAUUUUGUAAGUAACAAUAUUUUAACAAAAUGAGGUUCGUAUGGCAGUAUAUCAUUUCAAUGUAACAAAUCUACAAUUAGAAAUAACUUUCUUCACAAAUAAAACAAGAGCACUAAAAUAGACCACUGGAUUCUUAUCUGGACAUAAACACAAACAUAACAAAGCAUUCUUAUGUCUUUAUGAAGAUGCUUACUACAAGGACAUUUUAUUGGAAUAUUAUUAAGAUUGUGAUUUGUUUUAGGGAAAGUCAUGGAAUACAGAUUUAGGAAUGAUAUAUCACUGCACAGGUUUGACUACAUUGCCACAAGUGCAAGAAAUACUUGCAUAACAUUUACGUCCCAAUUUCUUCACCCCCCUUAUCAUUGUUUUUAGCAUCAGAUAGAAAAUGUAAUUUGUCACUGUGUCGAUGUUUAUAUUCAAAACUAUGUCCAAGCGAACAUUAAUCCGUCCAUGUUCAUGUCUUGAUUAUCACAAUGAUUAUUUUCGUGUACGUUUAAUAAUAGCCUAGAAUUAGAUAGAAAUUCAGUAUGGAAUACAUCACGGAUAGGCCAGUGACAUAGCAAGUGGUCAAAUUUAAAAUUCUUUUAUUUCCCCUCACAGUAUAAUUUCAUCUACAUCUUAUUUUGAAUUCUAACAUAAAAAUUCAGGAAUGCUCUCAGAAUCCUUUAGAAUAAAAGUCAAUGCUUUUUUAAGAGGUGUCUGUGGAAUCUACUCUACCUGUAGUAUUCCCGUUUAGCCAGAGGAGGCUCCAAAAAGGGUAAAGGAAAAGAUUUUCUUCCUCUUCUUCUUGCAUUUGUUCCUUUUUGUUCAAUCAUCUAUCCCUUCUUCAUAAACUUCCUCAACAUCUUGAGAUAUUUUUAUCUUCCUCUACAUAAUCAUAAUUUACUUCAUAUUUUAGUUUGUGGAUGGUCUGGCAAGUAGCCUGUAAACAAUACAAAACUUAUCAGUUGCCAAGCCAAGUUCAAAACAGCAGCACAUAGCAUGUAGAGGUGUUUGUGUGCUCAUGCUGCAUUGAUGCAGGCUUUUUGUAAAACAAGACACUUUCAUGAACCAUUAUCGUUAUUUUUUAAGCAGGAUAAUUUUUCAUAUUGCAAAAUUGCACCUCUCUUAGUGGCCACAUAUAAUUUCCCACUAGUAGAAAAUGUGUGUUGAAGAUAUUCUCUAGAAAGGCCACUAGUCUACUGUCUAGAGGUCAUUUUGGGGGGUUUCUCGUGGGUGGCCUUCAUAGACAGGGUUUGACUGUAUUUUAUUUUGAUUCAAUCUUGUUUUUAAAUUUGGUGGCAUGAAAUGCUCACUUAUCACUUGUGAAACUUGCUUCAUGCACACAACCGUUCAUGGUUUGAAAGUAGUGUUUGAGUGGAUGUCUUUUAUAAGCCAAGUGAGCUUUGUAGGAGGUUUCACCAUAAAACCCAUUUAGCGCCCUCUCAGUCAUGACAUGGUAAACAACAUUACAAAAGAAAUGCAGCAUCAAAAUAAAAACCAUUUAAUGUGAAUACGAAUGGCAAAGUAGAAAGAAAUUGUAAUCUGUAGUGGAUUAUUGCUGGCAUCGUUCACUAAGAGUAAUUAAUUGGGAAGGUGCCUUGAUCAGCUCACUCGGGCCUCUGGACGGCUUGUGCUUGACUUUGGCAAUCAACAUGUUAUAUAUUCUGUGAUACAUGUAGCUCAAAUUGAAACCACCCCCUAUGUGCACUAUUUCUGUUUUGACAAGGGUCUGCUGGCAUUCUAGUUAUGGUUGAACAUAAGCAAAACUUGUGAACAUUAUUUGUUCAACGAUAAGGUUAGUUUUGUGUUUACUUUUUGAGUUCUUAUUAGGUUAUAAAUCUUUAUUGGCAUUUGUUAGUCUGAUUUUUUUAACCUAAACAGUAACAUCAUUUGUACCCAUCAGCCCUGAAUCAUGGCAAAAACCAAACUGUCUAAAAAUUAUACCAAGAUAGUGGAUAAGUUUAUUUUGAUGAGCAUAUGUGAUGGACUUAGAUGAUUUGUCCCCUCUUAAGAUUAACAUAGAUCUGAAAGCAGAGUUUCUUUUUUCUUCAAUAAAAGAUAGAAAUGGAGAGAAGACGUAUCGUGUAGUAACUGGUAAGCAAACAUGAAGUGGAAAUGUGUAGAGUUAGAUAAAAGAAAAAGGACCACAUUUGUGCAAUUCUAAACCUUUAUCUAUGAUGUGCAUAGUAAUGUUGUGAGUAUUUCAUUUGACUGUCAUUGAGAUAUUAAUCCAUUUAGGGAUUUAAAACUUGCUGUUCAUAUAACUCACAAAUAACGAUUCCCAUGUGUGCAUUUGAACAGUCCACGUUAUCAAGAACUUAUUAGUUGUCCUUUAAAAUGGAUCACGAUUGC